AUGAGCGAAGCCCAAAAAUACCAAGGCGCCCUGUACCGCGAAAAACCUGCCAAAGGAGGUAAGAAGGGCCAAAACGGACAGAAUGCUGCCAACCAAAAGGACAAGGGCAAUGUCAACGCCAAUGCGUCCAAGCAGCCUCGAGUUGAAGAUGGUUCUGAUGGUGAAGCCCUCAAGUCCGAAGCGGCCCCGCCCCCGGCGCCUUCGCCCCCUCCUGUUGGCGAGGGCAAAGCCACUUCAGAUGCGCUGGCUAAGGGCGAGAAGCCCGUCAACGUCUUCGACUAUCUAGUCACCGAAUCGACCCCGAACGCUUCAAAGAUGUCGCUGGCCCCUCAGGCUACGCCCAAGGAACAGAUGCGUAUGGUGGCCAACGCCAAGUCCGUCUUCGAGCCCAGUAGUGCACUGGCCAAGGUGGAUACCAAGACUGAUGACGAGGGUCACUACGACGUUGCUUACGAGGAGAAUGGUUUCUCCUACGGCGCAGACCCCGUCUCUCCGUCCAUGAACCCCAAAGACGCCGCGAACGCGUCGACAGAAUUUGUCACUCCCGCUCCCAAGAAGAGCAAGAAGGAGCGACGCAAGGAGGACAAGCGCGAUGGCGAGGCUGUGAGCGAAAAGAAGCGCAAGCGUGGACAGGAGAACCCUGCCAGCCCGCAAGUGAAUGAGGAUACCCCAAUGUUGGAUGCGCCCUCCAGUGUCAUCAACAACGCCGGGACCCCCCACCUCGCUCACUCCGGCCUGACCGGUGGUUUGAACCGUAUGAUGCGCUCUGCAUCCCCCGAGGGUUCUCCUGACCUCCACCGCCAGCCCUACAACGAUGCCUCCUCUCCGAUCAAGCGCACUCGCCGCAACGGGAAGGAAUCCAAACAGAGCAUCGGCCACGGCGAUCAAGGUCUCGGGAUCUCGAUGAAGAACCGAGCCGAGCGUCUGGUGUCUUCCAUGUUCGGUGGAUCGGUUGCCUCGACCAGCAGUGUGACUCACGAUAGCAGCUCUCGCGCACCUGCUCGCACCCGCCGCGGUUCUUCCUCCGAUGCCGAGGACGGUCUCGAGGUCCGCAAGAAGAAGUCCCAUCGAAGCCGCCAUGUCUCCGACUCGCACUCGGACCGGAAGGCUAAGCGGAAGAGCAGUAACCCCACCGAUGGGGAUCGGCCCAGUCGUCGUCAGAAACAGAGCGAUGAGCGUCGCCGAUCAGACUCGCGCUCCCCGCAUCGCGAGCGCCAGGUGACCGUCUACCGCGCGUCGAAGCCGCCGGCGCGCGGCGACGAGGAGCUGCAGCGGGAGUUGGCCAUGCAUUUCCUCAACAUCGUGGCGUCCAGAGAUAGCGAGCGCGGCUGCUCAAUUCACAAGGCUCUGAAGCGAUUCCAUCGUCAAUUUGAAGAUGAUCGCUACUCGGAUCUAGGUCAAGAUGGCGGUAUGGACCGCAGAGCGGAUGAUGAAAAGGACCUUUGGCGGGCUUUGAGGUUGAGACGAAAUGACCGGGGAGAAAUUGUUGUUUUCAUUUAA